AUGUCUCCCUCCUUGUUCGACGUUCGCAAACAGCUCGCAUUCUACGGUUCCUACCAUUCUAAUCCAGUCAACGUCCUCAUUCACAUCUUUGGGGUCCCAGCUCUUCUAUGGAGUGCACUGCUGUUGGCAACUCGCAUCCAGACUCCCGCUUUCUUGCCAGAGAUUCGCUAUACGUUCAAUGAGUACCUCGUAUUUGAUAUGAACACCCCCGCGAUGGUCACCGCUAUCUACCUCCUGUACUAUCUUAUCCUGGAACCGAUUGCUGCUUUGUUGUACGCGCCGCAGAUGGCGGUGACACUACUGACUGCAACAGCUCACGCACACCACCCUGAUGGUAUUCGAGACGCGAUUAUCGUCCAAGUUGUCUCAUGGAUUGCGCAGUUUCUGGGGCAUGGACUUGCUGAGGGUCGUGCACCGGCCCUUCUAGACAACAUCGUUGGCGCCUUUGUACUCGCUCCUUUCUUCGUCCACUUGGAAUUGUUGUUCAUGCUAGGAUAUCGUCCCGUCCUGCACAAACAGCUGCAAAACGAUGUCGGCGUUGAGAUCGCCAGGAUCAGAAAGGCACAAGGCGAAAAGAGGCGUCGUGCAGAAAAGAAGUCCAGUUAA